AUGUCUUCUACUAUUCAAACCGAACGUGUCAACGCCGAAAAGCUUCUUGAACUAGCAAGAAAAAGACAUAAGGCAAAAGAUAAGAAGAAAGAGACCAAAAUUUGGAUUCGACUUUCCAAUUUUAAUUUGAUCAAUGUUCUUGAUGCCUAUGUGCAGGAGCAGAAUAAGUUGAAAAAUCCGAGGAAAAGGAGCAGAUCGACUGAGAAAGAAGGAUUGAGAAUAAGGAAGUUUCGGAUGGAAGUCGGAGAGCCUACUGUGAAGAGGACGUAUUUUUCAAAGAAAAAUGACGACGAUAAGGAGAAUGAGGAAAAGGAGAAUCAGAAUCCACAAGAUUUGGAUGGUAUUGAAGAUCGACUCGAGAAGAUGUGGAUUUGA